CAUAGAUUUCAGCACUCCCAAUCUUAAACAUUUUUAAAAUUUUCCUAUUUAAUAUGAUGAUUUGUUAAAUUGCAAGAUUUAGUCCUUGCUCCUUGCGUAUUUACAAUUCAGAAAACAACAUUCGACUUAGGGUAUGUUUUGUGUAUUCAGUGCACUCACUGACCCAUUUUCAGACCGAGCAAUCAAUUCUCUUUAAUCACAAUUCAAUUCUUCCGAUGAGCAUUUCUCGCAGUGGGGCCCGUCUCUGUCUCUGUCUCGGGACCGGGACUGCAGCUGGCUUUAAUGCGCCCCAUUCAUUCAGUCGGUUGGUGUCGGCGAGCGAUGACGCAGUGGAGCAGCAGCAACGGCAACGGAAUAGGCGACGCCUGCGCGAACGGAAGUCCAGAAGAGUGUGGCACAGAGUUGCCAAAUAGCCACCGACGCUGGGGGAUUAGCGAAAACGCCAUCGAGGCAGCAGAGUUCUUUCAUUCGCUUUUUCGUUCUUUCUUUCUGCGCUUCGAUUGCAACAACAAAUUGAGUACUGGACGCGACCGCUGGCCCUAGCCCCGGACUGCCUUCUCCCGCCAUAGCCCAUCUUCAGCCCCACUCCCCACUCCCCCGCCAGCAGUGAGCGUGUGUGCGCGGGGUGAAUAACAUAAAACAGACAACAGACGCAAAAAGCGAGCGCAUAACAGCGAACGGCGAAAGCAUAAAAUAAACAAUUCCAUUUCGGGCUGGUCAGCUGGGAGGAAGUUCUGGCCCCGGCGCUGCUGGUGGUGGUGACUGGUGCGGCGGUGGUGGGUGACGCUGUGGCGGUGCUGUGGGUGGGUGUGGGAUGUGCGUGCUCAGACAGAGUGAGAGCCAAACGCUUAGAGUCUAUUAUCUAUCCAGCCAGUGCUGACGUCGCUGGCAAUCUGUGAGCUUUGCUGAAUCCGGAAUCACGAAUUGGAGACGCUGCUGAUAUGUGCUACGUUAUUAUUACGAGCGCUAGCCUGGUGUGGUUCCUCUGCAGCCUGGUGGCCGACAUGCUCUUCGCCGUGGCCCUGGUCACGCCCAAGUGGCUACUGGGCCCCGCCCAAGCGGCCAAUCCACGGCGCCAGUCAUCGGUGGGCAUCUAUACGCGCUGCAAGGUGAUGCAGGAGGGGGGCUUUCACUGCGGCCGCUUCGACCUGGACGGACUGGCCACGGACAGCAGCGUCUAUCCCGGCGAGUGGAAGGCUGCCAUGUUCUUCGUCUCGCUGGGCUUCAUCCUACUCUCGGUCACGGUGCUGCUGACCCUACUAACCUGUUGUCGCCAGUCGGCGUUCGGCAAGAGCAUCCACAACAUGACUGCCUGCGCCCAGGUGGUGUCAGGUAAGAAAGAAGCCAAUCCUCUGCCGAUCCUUAGUUGCUCCACCACAAAUGAUGCCCGUUUUCCAGGAAUAAGCGUGAUGCUGGCUCUCUUUCUGCACCCGCUGGGCUGGCGGGCGGCUCGGGUCCAACGUCUGUGCGGUCCAGAGGCGGAACCAUUCUAUCCCGCCGACUGUAGCAUAGGAAUCUCCUUCUACUGCGCAGUUAUCGGAGUGCUACUCACCUUUGCGGCCGCUGGCCUGAGUCUGAAAGCGGAGUCGUCCAAUAUGCGUUCUCGUGUCCGCCGGAGCGUGGAGUCCGGCAACAAGCUGGUAUGCAUUCCGUAACUGCCUCCGGAAAUAAUGAGCACAAUCUCUUGCUGAGAGCGAGCAUACUUAACUUCAUUCUUGAAUUAUCUUUAACAUUAGCAUAAAUAAACGUCUAACUUUUCUACAGUAA